UUUCCCGUGCAAUAACUUGUAGGUUAAGUUGUCCAGUGUAAAUAAUGUGAUGGUUAUGGUGAUAAUUAUAAAAUAGCUUCGAUCAUAUAUACUUAUAGAUAGCUCAUUGGCUAUAGCUGCUGUGUUGUUUGUUGAUCCCGGGAUCUCAAUCAGCUGAUUGUAGGCUACGCGACGGGUUUUUGCCAUAGGAAACAAUGAAGUAGUCGACUAACAUGUGUGAUAUUUUGUGUUUGCUGCAUUCACGGACGAUUGUAGGCUUCGUUUAUAUCAAUAAAUGUGUUAAGUAAAGAAUGUAGAAGUAAAUAAGUAAUUAAAUAUGUCUGAAUUGAUCGGAAUUCACGUUAUUAUUGUGCCCGAAGGGAGUGUUUUUGUUGUGUAUCGUACCUCUAACCUCAACACUUGUGUAUUUGUCAAUACGUUUUGAUGGAUUCAGUCUUAAGCUCGUAUUUUAUUACGAACUUUAUUAAAAUCUACACAAUGCUAGGCAAUAUUGGAAAUAUAAAUAUACUAAAUGUAAUGAUACAAGAUAUAUAACAUUAUUUUCGAGACUGCUACAUUUCUAUCAUUAUUGGCUUUGGUCGUUUGAGUGAGCUUGUUUAAUAUUUACCGGAGCUAAUAAAUAGUAAUUUUUAUUCAGAUAAUUUAUGCUGAGUGGAAAUAAAAUAAUAAUGUUACUCUACAGUUUCCUCAAACUAUAAAAAAAGGUAACCAUAAUGAUUGGCCGUAUGAUUUUUAAAUGAAAUGAAUAAUGCCCCACCAUGUCCUAUGAAAAUAAUUAGAUGUGUAUUAAGGGGCACAGGUAGCCUACCUUGGGGUAUGUACAUGCAAGACAGAGUUGUAAUUGUAUUAGGCCUACAUGAAAGCUUGAAUUGCAUAUUCAGAGGGUAAUAUUCUUACAUGAUGACUUUUGCUCGACUAAAAUAAUAGAAUUUAGAAAAUACAGUUUUUGAACAGUAAUGACAUUCUUCUAUUUACCCUAAACAUUGUGUUUUUAAAUUCCUGUAGGUUUCUGAGAAAUCACAAUUUAUAACUUAAAUAACAAUAUCUGUGCAUUCAUAUAGCAACAGCCUUUUGUUGCUUCAGAUCCAGGUAAACAUUUGUAUGUAUGGAGAAUCACGGGAUCUGCAAACCUAGCGUGCUAACGUUUACAACAGUCUGUUCUGAGGCUUCGUUUGUGCAUGUUCAGUGUAAAUAAUCAUGAAUUUGUGAUGUAAUAAUGGACAAUUUGAAUAUGUUAGCUACAUUAAAAAUAUGUAGUUUAGUAUGGGUACAUUAAAAAAUAAAGUAAAAUAUUUUUAAUGGUUGCUUAGAAAUUACUACAGUGUGCAAACAGUUCACACCAGAAAAUUCCGAGACCCAAAUAGUUUCAAAGUUCAUCGAAGUUUGUCAUUCACACAAGAAAAUUUAAUACCACAACAUUAAAGGAUAAAAAUGUGCAUGAGAAAUCUCCAUAUCAUCUUUUAUAGAGUUGUGUGACAGGAAUUAGAUAAUAUUCAAACUAAAUUAAAAAUACUUACAAAUAUUGUGGAUAAUUGUUUUGAUCAGGAUAGUUACCUACUACUUAAAUUAUAAAUACCUAAGAAACUAUAAAAAAAAUACUGUACAGUAUUUUUAAUUUAGCUAUACUAACCAAACCAACCAUCCACAAUAAUUUUAUGUUCUCCAGAACAUGUACACACAUAGUCUCGCAAGGAAAAGCAAAAAUGGUGGUAGCCGCAAAAAUGCUCAGGUAUUGCAAUGUAAGCUAUAAAUGAUAAUUUCUAAGAAACUAGUAGGAUUUUAGAAACAUCGUUUUCAGGAUAAGUAGAGGAAUGUAGUUAGUGACUGGAAAAAAGUAAUUUUGGAAUGUUUUAUUACGGAAAAGCGGCGACAUAAGAAUAUUACAAUGCAGAGAAACAUGUUAAGUCCUUAAGAUUGAAAGUAUUGAUCAUAACUUUGAAUUAACAAUAAAAUAACUAUUUUUUAUAAAGAGGUUAAAAUUUUUAUGCUCUUAAUAAAUGUAAAAUUGUGUUUAUAAUGCCUAUAACUUACAUAAGUUAUUUAAGAUACAUGCAUACAAUGGUGACAGAUGUUACCAAUAUGAAAAUAGUGUGCUGAAACAAACAUUGGUUUUCGAGAAAAAUGUGUAACUAGAAGCUCUGCAUAUGAAUUUUGGCCGUUAUAUGGAACCCCUAAAAGAUGUUGCCAUUAAAAAACUUAGGAUAAUGGAAAACUUAUAAAAAUACACUUCGUAAAUAUUAAGUAGUGUGUUAGGUUUUCAAUUCUCAAAUCACAUUUUUAAAAAAAUAGUAGCAAUGCUUGUUUGACCUAGACUUUUAAUGCCCUCAAAUUAAAUGUAACUACAUUUUCACAACUAAGUAUUCAUCUGCUAUUGAAAAACCAGCAACAACCCUUAUUUUCUCUAGAUUUUGGCCAGAUAAAGAAUUAUUAAGCAAAGAGCCAUACAUUUUUAAACAUUAUUUAUUUUAAAUUAUACACACUAAAUUUAAAAGUUAUAAAAUCUGUCCACUAUACUGAACCUAUGAAGCUUAGUUUUCGGUUUUGUGAUCUGGUUUCAUCUUCUUCCUGCCAGUCAUUAUUCUGCUACUUUUCUAUCCCUCCCUUCUUUGAUUUCAGACUGUUGGGCAAAAAAGGAGACAGGUUCAUUUGUCUUUAUUAGGGAUGUUAGCUUGAAAUGAAAUAAUAAUGAGGAAGGAAUGACAAAUUUAUUCUUAUUAAAGCACACAUUUAAAUAUAGACAUUAUAUUCUGACUUGCUGAGCGACAAGCUGAACUGCCGCCUUGGCCACCGAGUUAGGAACUGAAAAACAAUAUGUAAGGACCGGUCAGGCCUCUAGGACGCACGGCGGGCGGACAUGAGCGAGGACGAGAGGAAGCCCGUGCGGCCGGAGCUGUUCAACGAGGACACCUGCUGCAACCUGCUGAAGGUCAAGUCGGAGGUGGAAUUGCGUGGGAGCCCGGCCCGGGACGACGCCCCGGUCAAGAUGCGGUGGUCUCCGGGCUCGUGGCAGGACGGCACUCGCCGGAGCGCCUUCCAGCCGUACCGGCCCACGACGGUGCUGACCAACCUGCAGAGGGGCAACAUCCCCACGGAGGCAGUGGUGCCAACCGAGGGGGACGCCAGCUUCCACCACCGCGCGGGGCAGGGCAACCUCACUCAGCAGGACAUUGAGAGCGAGCCGGACGUGGACGCGCCGGACGCCCACCGCCUGAGCGCCCUGAUGUGGGCCAGCGCGUACGGCCAGGUGCCCACGGUGCAGCGGCUGCUGGGGCGGGGGGCCGGCGCGGGGCGGCGGGGCCCGGAGGGGGAGACUGCCCUCUUGCUGGCGGCCGCCGGGGGCCACCUGGACGUGCUGCGCGCCCUGCUGGCGGAGGGCGCGGCCGUCGACCUGGUGGACGACGUUGGCAACACUGCGCUGAUGUACGCGGCGCACGGCAACCACCCUCACUGCACCAAUGAGCUGCUGCUCCGUGGAGCAGACUUCACUGUCACCAAUCACAACCAAGACACUGCCUACAGCAUCGCGGUGAAGAGGAAGAGCAGGCUUGCGCAGUCAGUUAUUGAGAACCACUUGCUGAAUCUGUUGGCAAGCUAAGGUCAGCGACUGAACUGUCCAGGUUGCGCUGCGACGUACAAUUAACUUUUGACGAUACGUGUACCGUGGUGCGCGUAUUGCGGUUCCCUUGCGCCGCGCAAGUUCAACAUGUGCAUCCUCGUGUUUGAGUCAACGGCGGGGAUGGACCUGUGUAUCUGAAGAAUAAUGCACCGAGGCACCACGUAAGAGGAUCAGCGGGUAGUAAACAACAUCCGAAUGCAAUACGUAUCUGUCCAGAAUAGCACGUGAUUGAAACAGGCCACUGCUGUAAGAUUUCUGGGUUAUUGGAAGAUCAUUUCAAGUCUUCUCUCUGCAAUGGUAGAGCUUGAGAGAUACAUUUCUAACAGUUGGAAUAGUUAAUGUUAUUGGUAGAAACAUUUACAGUUUUAUGUCCAGCGCAAUAUUUAAUUUUUAAAUUUUGUUUUUAAAAAUAUUUUAUGAACAAAAAUGAUUAUAUAUUAAAUAUAUAUGAUAAAAUGUUUUAUACCAUUUUCAGUGAAAUAGUGCCAUUUUAUCUUUGUACGAGCUGUACAGUUGUUAAAGAAAACCAGUUUUUUAAAGUAUAAAUGGCUUGAUCAGAAUUACUUGUAACCAAAAAUUAAAUGAACAUUUUAUUAACUAUGUAACACAAUUAUUUGCUCAAGUGAAAAGGAUAUGAGAUAAUAUAGUCUAUUUUUGCUAUCAAAAUUGAGUUGUCUGAGUAAAGUUUUAAAGUUUUCUUUUAUAAAUUAAUUUCAGGAAAACAUAAGUGCUAGUCAGAUACUUUUUUCCAUAAUAGUUUGCAUUGAUCUAUAUAAUUAUUUUCCCAUCAGGUAAGUGUGCUUGCUGAUAAAUUUAAAUCAAGGCAAACUUAAGUUAAAAUUAAUUUACGGUACUAAUAUAUGUGUAAAUACAUUAAAAAAAAAUGCUGAGUAACAUUUUGAGAUUAAAUGACAUAAAAUUUAAUUUAAAAAAUUCACAGGCGCAUUGUUUAUGUAAUUGUUAGGCCUGUGCGAAUAUUCAAAAUUUUGAAUAUGAAUAAUAAACCAUUCAUACUUGAUUUGACCUCGAAUACUAACACUUAGAAAUAUGUAAAUAUUUGUUUCCUUAUGAAUAUUUCCCUAGCAUACCUCAUGAAAUUGUCAUAUACCGAACGUUCAAUAUUGAGGUCAAGUUAUUUGUGCAUUAUAAAUAGUUAAAUACCCUUUUUGAUGUUCUAAUGGGACUUAAUAUUCAAAACCAUGAACAGUAAGCAACAUUUAAAAUAAGCAACAAGUAUUCAAAGUUUUUUUUUACUAUUGUCUCACUAAACAGUAACAGAAAAAUUGCGUGAACAAUUCAAAAAGUCAUAUUUGUCAUUUCAAACUUGAAUACAAAAUAUCAUUUGUAUUCAUUUCAUCACACAAAAUAUUGUCACACGCACCUAAAGUAGAUAAAAUAAAAAUAAAUAAAUAUAAAAAAAGAAUGGACUACAACACCACAAAACAUGGACAAUCCAUUGCAAUAGCCAUUAAAAGAAGUAAAGAUCAUAGUUUCAACUGCGUAUAAAUUGAUGAAACAAGAUAUUGUGACUCAAAAAUUUAUGUACAAAAACACGUAAAUAAUAGUUUAAGAUUUCAGAUGAAAUUAGCAGGAAUCGUGUUUAUAAUAUUGCUGAAAAAGAAAAUGUAUUUGACUGCGUUAAAUAGGAUUUAAAUAAUUAAAUAUGAGCUCAUUUUAUUUGGUAGUACAUACAGUAUUAAAAAAAAAAUUAACUUUUUUGUGAAAUGGAUUACAUUGGAUUUCAUGGUAUUUUGUGGUUAGCGAAAAUUUUCUGGAACAACAUGUAGGGUAGCAGGUUAUGGAAAAUAAGGCUAAUAGGAACCAAAAGAAAGGUUGGUUGGGUUAGGUUAGGUUAGGAUAGGUUAGCUGUAUAAUUUUAAAAUAUAAAAAAAAUAUUUUAUAAUUUAAAUAUCUUAACAAACAUUUUUUGUAUAAUUAUUGUAGCUGAUUUGACCUACCCAACCUUUCACUUUUUAUUAUUAGCAGGAUUCUAAUUUUCAUUCUUACUAUUUGAAUUAGUAUUCGCAAUUAAUUUGGUAUUAGUAUUCGAUUCAAACUAAAAAACUGAUGUUCGCACAGGCUUGGGCAUAACAUUCCAAAGAGGCUCUAACAACAUUAAUGAGUUACAAAAUAAUAAUGUUAUCAAUAUAGGAGAUAUAUUUAAAUUAAAAUAAGGUUUAAAAAAACAUGAACUUAAUAAUUUAUAACAUUAAUUAAUCACUCCAGACUGUUGGUUAACCAAAUGUGUGUGUGUCGUAAUCUGCCACUAGUGAAACCUAGUAGGCACACGGUAAACUAGCCCUGAAAGCUUCUGGCUUUUCUCUCCAGAGAUGGCGUAAUAUAAAUGCUUGUAACGUUGUGGGACCAUGCCCUCCCCGGCUUUUAUAAGCAUUUAUUAAAAGGAUAAAAAAAAAUGUUCUCAGUACUUAAGUUGAUCAGUUGCAAGAUCAUUGUAACCUAGUUUUUCAUUCUUCCGUUUUAUCAUUUGCAAUAAUAUUAUAAUUAAUUUAAUUUCACAAAACUUAAACGUUCAGAAUAGCACACUUACAAAGGAAACAUUUAUAUUAUAUAUAUUUAUAAUUAAUUAUCAGCCUGUUUCUUUCUGUUUUUCUCUGUUGCCUAAGUCUGCCUUUGUCAUCACAUCGUACCAGAGCUGAAUCUGUCGGAAUUGCACAUUUACGUGAUUGUAAACAUUAUUUUUUUGUUAUUAUUUAUUUUCGUGAUACUGACAUAACAUAUAACAGAAAUAGUUGUAUUACAGGUACAUAAAAAAAAAAAAUAACAAAAAAAAAAAACAACACUAUCUAAACUAGAUGUGAUACAGCACCAUCUAUAAACAGAGUAAUUACUUCACAUACUGGUAAAGUCUACACUAUGUAUUUAUAAUCACAUUUGAUAUAUUGGAAAUAUGAGUUUUGGCACAUAUAUAAAAUAUUGCUAACAAUUUUAAGAAAAAGAAAAUGAUUGUGAUACACAGUAUAAAAGUUUAUAAUUAUUUUAGAUUCACAUUGAAAUACACGAAACUAAAUCUAAAUACCAGUAACAUUUUUGGCCAUAAAAAAAAAGAUGCUAAAUUAUAUGGUUACAUUUUAAAUAUAUUGAAAAUGCAAGUUUCAAAUUAAAUUAAAACAGAAAAUAUAGCAUAGAAUAACCUAAUACAUAAUAUUUCAUGUUCAAAAUCAGUAAUGAGUCUUUGGUUUCAGCAAACAUCCUAUACACCUACAUCAAACCACAAGACUUUACAAAAACCUUUCGCAAUGGCUUAUGGGUAUGGCCACACCAGUCCAAUAGAUAGCAAAUUAUGUGUCCAAUAUAUAUAACAUUAAAUUGAUUUAAAAAUUGUGAUUACAAUGACAACUUUUUUUUUUAUCAUUAUACAAAUUUAAGGCAGAAGUAAAGCUCAAGUACUUAAACUUUCCUAUAGCCAGAAGAGAAAAAUAUUUGUCAUAAUAUAAUAAAUAUUGGUUAAUUAUAAAACGUACAGCUUGCUGCAUCAUAAGUUUAGAAACUUUAGCAAUUGACCUAAAAUCAAAUAUAAUUUUCCCUGUUAAUAAGUCUAAAUUACUACUAAAUACACAUGUACUUUAGAACUUCUCAACAGGGUUUUACUGUAGUUCAAUAUUUAUUACAGCACAGUGGAUAAAAGAAUGAAAUAGGUGGAUUCACCUAAGAAAAAAAAUUUUCUUUGUUUAAAAUGUGGAUACUUUUAUUUAAGGUAAAUUAAAACCCAACUAAUUUAGUAAAACUUAAAACUUUGGAAUCUACACAAAUAAAUUUGUUCUCUAUUAUAAGAAUUAAGAAAUAUUACUUAAAAGUAAAAUUCAUGUCAAUGUACGUAGAAUAUAUCUAGAUAAAAUAAAACUUAAUAUUUAGAUUGUAUUAUAUGUUUUUUAUUAAUAAAAUGAGUUUUUUAUUUUACAAUAUUAAGGUGUAUAAAAGAGUUCAUGUCUACAAAUGUUACAACUGAACAUAUGGAACCUAUUUCAUUGGGGAUUUAAUUCACUUAUGUUUAGCAAAACCAAAUUAAAUAAUGCAAUAUCAUUUUUAGUAUCAUGAAAUCAAAACAAAAAUUAUAUUUGUUUUAAUAAAUACAUACUACUUGCUAAUACAAGUAAGGGAUAUUACGAGAGGUUCAAAGUGUGUGUGUGUAUGUGUGUAUGUAUGUAUAUGUGUGUAUGUAUAUAUAUAUAUGAGUGUAUUGAUGUGCACUUUUAUAGCACAUUGUAUGUUUUUUUUUCUGCAGCUGCUUGUGUCAGUAUGUGUGUGGCAAUUUGAAAAAAAAAAAAAUUGUGUAUUUUGCAGUUGCAGCACAAGAGUCCUUGUUUACAAAGCAAACAUGUAAACAAUAUGAUACACAAAAGACCGCUCCCUCCUUUUCUACUCCCCUUUUCCUUUCUCUGUAUUCCAAAGUGUUAUCCUGUCUCUGCUACCACAUCCAAGUCCAAGCCAAAAUUCAGGAGGCCUGUAAACAACAGUGGCAUAAGUGACGUAGUUUAGACACAGAGGGCAUAGUUUAUCAACUGAGCCAUUCCCAUCUUUAAUUAAGAGUGCAUGAUUGUGAAAGUUAUUAAAGUCUUCAGAGUUUGAGCGGAGAAACACGUUCAUGUGGAGAGUAGCAGUAACAUAAAAUGGCUAGAGAAAAAAGAAUCAUUUAGUAUGUGUACUUUUUUAUUCAUAAAUAAAUUUUGAACAAUUUUUAUUUUAUCCAUUUUUUUUCCCCUCUAAAAUGGACCAUUUUCUAAAUAUGAAAUGAAAAUCAGACAUUUAUGGAAGGUGUGGGAAUCUAAGUUUGGAAUUUUAUUGCAUCAUCACUUGGGCAUUGUGAAUAUUUUCUGUUACAAGAAAAUCUUCUGCCAUUGUCAGUUCUCUUAGUUGUGAGGUUCCGCUGUCCUAAAUCCUUCGCGAAUGACGGUGGAAAGUGUGAUCUUUUGAAGCCGAAACUACACAGCUCCCAAAAUUUGAAAUAGACACGAUACAAUAAUUUAUGUUUCAACGGCAUAUUUUUUCCAAUGUUAAAAAAUCUUUGGUUAUUUAUCGCACAAUUCGAGGUCGAAUCAAAUAAGAAUUAUAAACUAUUCGUAUUCCAAAAUUUCAAUAUUUACACAGGUCUACACACUAGCAUAAACUUCAAUAUUAGCUGUUUGAACAAUAUGUAAACACAGUUUAACGUACAUUUUCCUAUCCCUACACAAGUAAAAAAAACUCCAGAGUUACAUCACGGACUGUUAGACCCUCAGUAGAAGACAGCUAUCCUGAAAUUGGAGACUGCAAUAGCGACCAAACAUUUGGUGUUCCCUUCAAUUUGGCUACAACCACACGCCAAGCAACAUCAACAUUAAAUGGGUCAUUCUUGCAAAAAGGGAACAUUUUAUGUCACUAAAGCAGCACUAAAAAGAAACAAUACAUACACACUUAAUUAAUUGAUUCUAAAUCACAGGAACUAAAACCCUUCCUUUCUUUUAAUUUUGAACGUCAAAUCUGUUUUAAACAUUUUUUGUUUUAGUGAACGGAGGGAUACAUGUAUACCUCCGUUACAUGUCACAUCUUCAUUUAGACAUUUUCUUUUAUAAUUAUCUCAGAUAUAAAAAAUAAUGACAAUAAGUUUAACAAUCCUAGUAAAACAAAUAAAAUGUGUUCUUGUUUCUUCAAUGUAUAGUUUUUUCAAUUUUCCCUUUAUAAAACCUGUAAUGUUACUCUGAACUUUGUCACGAACUUUAGUGUAUUCUCCGUUAUAUUAAAAUGAAAGUUCUACAGAACCUCACAUGUAAGCAAUAUUGGCUUUGUUUCCUCUUUGGAACAGCUGGGAGGAGGCCAUCUUUGAUGUUUCAGUGGAUAAAUGUGUGCUGAAUCAACAGUUUUAUAAGUGUGAACAAAUAUUUCAUUGGAAGGUUAUACACCUGAUGUAUCAUCCGUUCAUCAUCUAAAAAGGUAAUUUCAAUUACCAGUAAAUCACUUAAAUCCUAAUUAAUUGUGACAUAUCAGUAUGUUUAACCUUACUAAUAGCCAACAGACAUAACUUCGAAGUAAAGCAUGUGUUUUGCCUUUUAGUGCAAUAUGGUAUCCUACGCGUGGUGUAACGGAGGAUACCAUUUGUGUAAUUGAGGUAUACUUUUAAAAUCUUUGGUCUGGUUUAGGUCACAUUUAAUUUAUAGUCUGGCUUAAAAAGUAUUACUUCCUUGGACUAGAAAAAGAUGUUUAUCUGGUAACUUGCUUAAAAAUUCCUUAAACAUAUAGUUUUGGGAUAUUUAAACAAAAAAUAGUGUUAUUAUUACAUUUUCACAAAUUUGUUACAGACUCUUAAAUUGUAUGGUCUUUUUGUUUAUUACAGUUCAUAAUGAGCAAAACCAACAAGAUGACAGCUAAAGAAAGAAUGCGAAAAUACAGAGAGAAAAUUAAGAACGAUACAAAUCUAUAUGAGGAAUCUAAGAGAAAGGAACGUGAAAGAUUCAAGAAACGUGUAGAAGACGGAAAAAUUAAAACUGCUAAAACCAAAAUGAGUGAUCGUGCCAAAAGGAACCUGAGAAAAACAUGGCGAGAAAAAACUAGGAAAUAUAGAGCAUCUGUAAAAGAUAGAAACCAGAUGCUUGAAAAUUUAAACGCACCUCUUAGUCCUGGCAUUCCGAGUACUUCCAGAAGUACUAAUAACCGUAGUAGACCUCUUACGGUUGAUGAUAAGCGAAAAGAAAGUGGAAAGAAAGUAAGGAGAAGAAACAGACAGGAAUUGAAGGAAAAAAUUGCAGUGUUAGAAAAUAAAUUAAAGGAUAGGAAUAGGCAACAUGCUAAUUUUAGACAGCAAAAACACAGAUUACAAAAAAAAUAUAAUGAAGAUAAGGAAGAGACACCAAGGAGAACAGUUACAAAACUUUUAGGCAAAACGUCAGCGACACAUCUUAUUCGAAGAAAAUUAAUUUUCGGAGAAGUUAUUCAAAAUCAAAUAAAGACCAGCUACAAAAAUAAGCAGCAACAGAAGAAGAAUAUUAAUAAAGAUAUUGAAUUAUAUUAAUAAAGUCCAAUUUUGAAGUUUUUUAUACAAAUGUACAUAUGUCAUUUAAAGAAUUACAUUACAUAUUAAAAUCUCUAUUGAUUUGCAUAAUAUUAUGCUGUUCUUGCACGCAAUGUCUCCUCCGUUACAUAGCUGUAUCCUCCGUUAACAGUUUUUUACAAAACAUUAAAAAAAUCUAUAAGUAAAUGAAAAAAGAUGUUGACCAGUGGCAUACACCGAUUCAGAAUAAGUUAAUAAGUGUAUCAGAAUAAUCAAAAACUUAAAUCGAUAAAAUAAAAAAAUAAAUAAUUGAGCACUUCAAAAAUUCCCUUUUUCCAAGAAUGACCCAAAUAUUACGUAUUUAGUAUUAUAUACAGAAUAAGAAAAACUUAAAAUCAAAGUGGCAGUACAUUAAAAUAUAUCACUUCAAUUAUAAAAGAGAUUUUAUGAGUACAUAAAAACUGAUAAAAUAAAAACAACACAAUUAUAAAAUCAUAAAAAAUUAACCACGCAUCUCAAAAUGCACACACCAGUAGUCGGUCUUAGGUUAUCUUAUCAUAUUUCGGGGAAAAUUUCAUUAUAACAGUCUUGAGCAAGCAUUUCGUCAAACUAGUGAUGUGUCAGUUCUACUUUCACCCCGAUUCUCGGUUGGGUUCAGAUUCUUAAAAAUAUCUUAAUUCUCACAUAAUUUACCAUUGAACUAAAAAUAUGUUCUGAUAGUAAAGUUUGAUUGUUCAACACAACUUAUUAGCACUCCAGUUUAUUGCUAUAAUCUAACCCCAAACAAGUCAACCAGCACCUAAGUAGCAUAGUUGGUUUGCGUGUGUCUAGAAGGCUAGAGCGACGCUCCACAGCAAAGGGUCUUUAAUCCGUGAUUCUAUGGUUCGGCACCGUCUGCAAUCCGAUACAUAUUGAGCCAAUCAAGUUCAGGCCUUGACCGACAGGUCAUGUUACUGCAUUGCCGGUGUUGUUUAUUUUUUGUCGGUGUACAUCUCAGUACAGUGAUUCCUGUUUUCUAGCAGGUUAUAUUUUACAGUUCACAUUUCUCUGGUACAUUUCAGUAAUGAUUUUUUGAAGGAAAGAUCUUAAUCACUGGCGAAACAUAUCAGAAAAUUUUUUCAACACUAAUGCUCUAAAUUAUUAUUUUUGACAUGAUAACGUCUAAUAAAUCGAUGAACGCCGGCUGCACGCACGAAAAAGCAUGACUUAUUGUCACGUUCCGCCUGAGCCGAGCGUGCAAGAACCGGCCAACCACCGUGCGAGAAAAUCUUUUAUAAUAUCAAACAGGUUAAGGCUGGCUUCUUAACUAAUUGUUCGUAAUUAUAUUUAAACAAAUUAUUUAAAUUAAAUUUGCAAAAACUGUAAAUAAUAUUUGAAAAUUAAAAAGUAUGAUGUUAUCGCGUAAAUUUAUAGUCCGUAAACCGACUUUACAGACAACCCCCUUUUUUUUUUUACUUCUAUACAGCAGCUUAGUAAUAAUAAAGCCCGUUUUUAAUACCAUAUUAAUUUUUGUUUGGUAUUUCCAUUAAAAAUGAAUUGCCGUUCUGUAAUCGUGGGAAAACGACUGAUCCGGCACGACCGAGGUUCCGGGUGAAGCCAGGACCGACACACCACCGCGGCUACGAGGCGGCGGGCCGCUUGCGCUGCUCCCAGGCCAGCUGCAUGGCCCAGAUGCUGAGGGGACGCAUGUAGCCGAUGGAGCGGUAGUGCUUCUCCGCGAACAGGGCCUCCGGCGUCUGGAAGCCCAGGCCGAUGCGGUGGUACACCGUGUGGUACACCCCGCCCGCCGUCUUGAACGCCUGCUCCAGCAUCCCCUGCGCACCGCCACGAUCUCAUCACUACUCAUACCACUCGCACUUUCUUGCUCUUUCAUCAUGUCAAAUAUAUAGUCACUUUCAUUAAAAAAAACGGGAAGGGGAGAGAAAGGCCAGAUUAAAUUUAGAUAUGUACUUACGUCUCAUGGUAAAAACUUGUCUCUUCGUUAAAAUUGUUCACACCUUGGUAAGUGCAUCACAAACAGGACUAUCGAGAGAAAUUAAGGAAAUUAUUUUAGGCCUCUUUCCAAUCGCUCAAUAAACUCCUUCAAUUAACUAACUUCAUUUUUAUAACAUUUUUAAAAUGUUUAUACCAAGAGAACAUAUUUUCAUAUCUUUAUAGUAUUUAAAAAAAAAUGACAAAAA